CUUUGUUGAAUCGCAUCAGAACUUCAGACUGAUCACAUGAAAUGGUGAUGAAGUUUUCGACAAUCACUCGAAUGAGGGGUGGAAGAUGAGCGUUCAUGGCUGCCAGCACUUGAGUGCCUUUAAAGCAGCCAAAGGAACCGAUCCUUUCCGCAUAAUUUAUUCUUACUUCAUCGCGUGUCCCUCAGCCGACGCACGAAGAAUCAAGGCCAAAUCAUGUGUGUGUCACACAUGUCGGCAGACAACUCUACGACUUCAUGCAUGUAUGUCCUGUAUAUAUUUCGGCUGUUAUGGUGCUAAACACAUACAUGAUCAUGCCAAGAGCAAAAAACAUAAUUUAGCGAUUGAUUUAACGUAUGGUACAGUGAUAUGUUUUGUAUGUGAAGACUACGUCUAUGAUAAAGACUUAGAAGACAUAGCUAGAUCUUUCAGCCAAAAACCAACUCUAAAUUUAGUUGGUGCUUAUAUCAAAGAGCCAUUUUCUACAUGGGAACCUUCAGAAGAUGAAAUUCAACUUUUAAAGAAAAAUCCUAAGAGAAGGAAAGUCAAUUCAAAUUCUACUGUAGGAUUACGUGGGUUGAUAAACCUAGGCAAUACGUGUUUUAUGAAUUGUAUCGUUCAAGCUUUAACUCAUACCCCCAUUCUACGAGACUUUUUUCUAGCUGAUCGCCAUACUUGCCAAAUGCCUGGAGAAUCCAAACAGUGCCUUGUGUGCGAAAUGGCACGACUAUUUCAGGAAUUUUACUCUGGUGCAUGCACUCCACACAUACCAUAUAGACUGUUACAUCUAGUUUGGACCAACGCUCGGCAUCUAGCAGGGUAUGAACAACAAGACGCCCAUGAAUUUCUUAUAGCUGCUUUAGAUGUUUUACAUAGACAUUGUAAAGGUACAAAUGGAAUGAGUUGUAGCAAUCCACAUCUUUGUAACUGUAUCAUAGAUCAAAUAUUUACUGGUGGGCUUCAGUCAGAUGUUACUUGUAAACAGUGCAAUAAUGUUUCGACAACUAUUGAUCCUAUUUGGGAUAUUUCGUUAGAUCUGGGUCCAGGACCCCCUGCCUUCAGAUUUACUAAUAGUCCAGGGAACUAUGAACCUACCUCAUUAUUAGAGUGUUUGAAACGCUUUACUCGACCAGAACAUUUAGGAAGCUCAGCUAAAAUAAAAUGUGGAAAAUGUCACAGUUAUCAGGAAUCUACCAAACAAUUAACAAUGAAAAAAUUACCCGUUGUUGCUUGUUUUCACCUCAAGAGGUUUGAGCAUUCCACAGGCUAUCAUAAAAAGAUCUCAACGUACGUAUCAUUCCCGGAGGAGCUGGAUAUGACGCCGUUUAUGUCAUCGUCUCGUAAUGAUAAUAACGGAUUCUCCAAUCAAAUUAUCUUAGAUAUACCCACAAGUCUUUCAUGUGAUAAUAAAUACUCGUUAUUUGCUGUGGUUAAUCAUAUAGGAACAAUAGAAGUAGGUCAUUAUACGUGUUAUAUACGCUUACAUAAAGACCAGUGGUUUAAGUGUGACGACCAUUUAAUAACUAAAGCAACUGUUACAGAUGUACUUAAUAGUGAAGGGUAUUUGCUGUUUUAUCAUAAACAGAUAUUAGAGUACGAAUGA